AUGGGUGACCAUGUCAAGAAGGACGCCACAUGGUACCAGGCCGUCGUCCAUCGCAACGCAGACCUCUACCCGGAGCGCAGAAUCUGGCGUGGCUUGACCCGCGAAGAGGCCAUCGCACAGCACACGCGGACCAUGCUUCUCUCGCCCGCGCAUCCCAUGGCAUACAUGGUGGCACAGUUUGCUGAUGAGUGGUUUCCCUCGGCUUUUACUCCUCGCCCCCCGCCGCCUUUGUCGACAUCAUCGCCAUCGCCACUCUCGUCGCCAUCGCCAUCGCCGUCGCCAUCGCCAUCGCCAUCGCCGGCACCAUCACAUCCGCAGGCUGAGCGUGACGAGUCAAAGGGACAAGUUUUCAUGGCCAUCAACGCCAUCGGUCGCUGCCGCAAGGCCAUUAUCGGCGCCCUCAUCGAGUCGUUUCCCGGCAUCGAGUUCCCAGCAGAGCUGGUUCAUCACGUUCUUCUCGCUCGCGUCGGUCGCCCGCUCCACGCCCUUUACACCGCAUACCGUUCGACCGAAGAGUACGCCGCUACCUCCACCGUCACUGCCAUGGAUGCAGCUGGCAAGCUCACUCCCGAGGACUUUGGCGUUGCGCCGCAGCUUGUGGCCGACGUCGAUGCGCUCGCUGUUCCCUGCAUCCGAUCCGGCAUCCGCUCCGCCCUUCGAUGCGUCCACGACCCGGCCGAGCAGGCCCGGAUUCUUGGCGACGCCGUCGCCGCCUUUACGUCGCACAUGGAGGAUGCUGCGGCCGCUCGCAAGGCCGCCGAGCGCCGCAAGGCCGCCGAGACCCUCGUCCGCCCGUUCUCGCUUGUCCUCCUCGGCUCGCCAGGCGUCGGCAAGUCGGCCUUUGCCUCGCGCAUGGGCCUCGAGCAGUACACUGAAGCGCUGCCCGAGGAGCCUGGUGAGGAGGCUCUUUCGCACGCCACCUACACCUCUGCCUUGCAGGUCGGCGGCAAGAUGACCCUCCUCCGAGUCGUCGAGGUCAACAGCCCGGACGCCAUGCGUCCCGGAUCGCCGCCAGCGACCGCCGUGGCCUCGGCCGACGGUGUAAUUCUCAUGUAUGACGUCGCCUCACUCGAGUCGUUCAACGCCGUCUCGCUCUUCCGCGAGCAGGUCCGCGCCCUCGCGUCUCCAGUCCCGCCGCUCCUCCUCGUUGGCAAUGUCCGGACCGUGCCCGGCGCCGCGCCCUCGGAUCCGGCCGUCUCGGUCGAGCUCGGCGCUCGCAAAGCACAGCACUAUUCGGCGCUCUUUGCCGAGGCCGCCGCCACCUCGGAAGGCUCCGUUAACGGCGCCCUCCACCUUCUCCUCGCCGCCAUCAUGGACAUCCGCCAGGCCGAGCUCACUGCUGCGCUCGAGGCCGACGGUCCGUCCGCCGAUGCCGCCCACCUCGGCGGCGAUGACCUCAUGCCCAUUGUCGCCUACGGCGUCGCACGAUUCUAUCUCGAUGCCACCGCAAGUGCCAAACCGUCGUCGGGCGCCGGCGUCGACGAAGACUCGCCCGAUGCCAAGCUCGCACCCAUGCUCGCCCUCCUCUCUGACAACAUCUACGGCAAGCUCUCGUGCGGGCGGUACGGCUAUGCGCUUGCGCUUUACGCGUCGUCGGUGCAGUAUCUCGCCAAUUGGGCGCCUGAGGCCGGGACGCCCGACACGACCGAGCCGCACCCCGAGCCACGCGUCUUGCCCGCCAACGACGGCCUCGACGACCCACUGGGCGAGCUCGGCGGCGGAGCCUCGACCGCGCGCGCCUUUCCCUCCAGGCUCGCCGAAGGCCAGCAUGGCUGA